AAGCAAGCCAACAGAUAUUAAAAUAAUUUAUACAUUACUUUACAGAUCAUAUGGCAUUAUCUAAUCGGAGUUGAGGAUUAUUUUUAUUAUUUUUAAAAACUUAAACAAAAAGUAAAGCCUAACUACCUUUAAACCCAAACUAAACCAAAGAGAAAUUUCCCUAAAAAACGAAAAACCUUUUCAAGUUUCUUUCUUACAACUUUGUAGACCAACUUUUUGUAGUCCAGUGUAACUGGGAGAACAGAACUAAGACUUUUGCAUAUUGGUCAAUGCACUCAAAGAUUUCUUUGGGUCAGCAAUUAUAAACUUCAGCUGGAUCAGCAAAAAUAUUUAUAUCGGAGUAUAGUAAAAAAUAGUUCUGUGCAGUCAGUUCGUACUUUCACGAUGUCGGCGCUUAACACGUUCGUGGCCAUGUGGCGGUUCUUACUGACCCUUGGCCCCUCGGCCAUGGUCAUCCUGCUCCUGAACAAGGGCAUACUCGAUCAGCGACCAGAUAUUAUCGAUGAACAACAUCGCGUUCGAUCGAUACAUAUCGAAGAUCUGCGGGAAUCCUAUGAUUUCAUAGUGAUUGGCGGUGGCUCAGCGGGUUGUGUUUUGGCCGCCAGACUCUCAGAGAAUCCGGAAUGGAGUGUUCUGCUCCUCGAAGCUGGCGGGGAUGAGCCAUUACUUAUUGAUUUGCCACAACUUUAUCCGGUAUUCCAAAGAAGUCCCUGGGAUUGGAAGUACUUGACGGAACCCUCGGAUCGUUAUUGCCUUGCCAUGGAGGAUAAACGUUGCUUUUGGCCCAGGGGCAAGGUCCUGGGUGGCUGUAGCUCCAUCAAUGCCAUGAUGUAUAUCCGGGGAAAUAGAAGGGACUACGAUCACUGGUCGGAAUUAGGCAAUCCUGGUUGGAACUAUGCCAAUAUCCUGCAUUAUUUCCGUAAGGCAGAGGAUAUGCGAGUUCCGGGCUUUGAACAUAAUCCGUAUCAUGGUCAUGGUGGUCCCAUUUCCGUGGAGAGAUAUAGGUUCCCCUCCCCCCUUUUGGAUAUCUUCAUGGGAGCUGCCCAACAACUGGGCAUGGUUAACCCCUAUGGCGAUUUCAAUGGCCAAUCUCAGACAGGUUUUGCUCCGCCACAUGGAACCCUAAGAGACGGCCUGCGUUGUAGUGCCAAUAAGGGUUAUCUUCGCCGUAGCUGGCAGCGUCCCAAUUUGGAUAUUGUCCUUAAGGCCUUUGUGGAACGAAUCAUCAUCGAUCCGCAAUCUCGUCGUGCCAUUGGAGUUGUCUUCGAAUAUGGUCUUAUCAAGCAUACAGUCAGGGCCAAAAGAGAGGUAAUCCUCUCUGCUGGAUCAUUGGCUAGUCCCCAACUCUUGAUGGUCAGUGGUGUGGGUCCCAGGGAUCAACUGGAACCACUGGGCAUACCUGUGCUGCAGCAUUUACCCGGUGUGGGUGGCAAUCUUCAGGAUCAUAUAUCCACCUCGGGUGCCAUCUACACCUUUGACAGUCGCCAGAAUCGACAUCUCUCUUUUAUAGUCCCCGAAAUGAUGAACGAAAAGGCUGUGGAGGAUUUCGUUCAAGGCGCUGAUAGCUUCUUCUAUGCCAUGCCAGUGAGUGAGGUGAUGGGUUUCUAUAGUACUCGCUAUCAGGAUCCACGAUUGGAUUGGCCAGAUGUCCAGCUCUUCAUGGGCAGCUAUGCCUAUGGAUCAGAUGGUGGAAUUGUUGGCCGAAGAGGAGCUGCCAUUACCCUGGACAACUAUGCAGAAACCUUUGAGCCGGUACUGUAUCAGGAUUCCUUUGUGAUAGCCCCACUUUUGAUGCGUCCACGCUCUAGGGGAUUCCUUCAGCUACGAUCAGCUGAUCCUAAAAUACAUCCCCUUAUCCAUGCCAACUACUAUGAUGAUCCCCAUGACAUGGCCGUGAUGGUAGAGGGCCUAAAGCUAGCCCAUCGUCUAACCCAAACUCCGAUAAUGCAAUCCCUGAAUGCCACCAUGAAUAUCUACGAAUGGCGCAAUUGCCCGGAAGUGGAGUACCUUAGCGAUGCCUUCUGGGAGUGCUUGGCUAGGUUUUACUCUCAGACCAUCUAUCAUCCAGUGGGCACUUGCAAAAUGGCUCCCGUUUCGGAUCCCUCUGGUGUGGUAGAUCCUCGUCUGAGGGUAAGGGGCAUCAAGGGUUUGAGGGUUAUCGAUGCUAGCAUUAUGCCUACUAUCCCUACCGGAAAUACCAAUGCUCCGACUUUCAUGGUGGCAGAAAGGGGAGCGGAUAUGAUCAAGGAGGAUUGGCAUCACUACAGAGAUGGUGGUUGGAGUUAAUUAGGGCUACUAUAGUUUAGUCUUUGUACUAGAAAUUAAUGGAAUAAAAUGUGUUUUGUAAACAGAAAGAA